GAAUCUUAUCAUCUCUACCACAGUAGUUCUAGAUUAAGUCUUGUUAUUUCCUCAAUCAUGUGAAGAAAAUCAGUAUUAUGAGAGCUUUAUUUUUGUUCAAGUAUCUUGGGGCAAAUUUUAGUCUCUGGUACAUUUAGUAUACCUAUGUUAGACCUACACUUGAUAAAAACAGAAGGAUUUGGUCAUUUAAGAAUUUUAAAAUUUUUCCUCUGGAGAGUGGCUAUUUUUCUUAAAUAUACUUCCAAACAUUGGAGAAAAUAAAGAAGAACUUCCUAUAUGCUGCUUAUGGGAGCAUUUGACAAUGUCGUAGUAAAGUUGAAGAUAUACAUAGGCUUGAACCCAACAAUUCCGUUCCUAGAUAUUCUAGGUAAACUGAGACAUGUAUGAAAAAGUCUUAUAGUUACUUUUAUUUUUAAUAGGAAAAAAUCAAAAGUACUAUAAAUGUUAAGCAACAGGAGAAUGGCAAAUUGUGUCAUAGUCAUAUGAUGAACUGUUUAUUAUACUGCUGUUUAAGUGAGAGCUCUGUGUGAUCAUGGAUGAGUGUCUUCGGCGAACAAAAACAAGUUGCAAAAGGUUUAAUAAAGAUAAAAUGAAGACCAUAAUAAAAUAGUCCCCUACUUAGCCCAGCAAUUCUUACCUUUCUUAUCUACUGGAUGGAAGAUGUCUUUAGAAAGGCAUACCACAAGGAAUGAACUGCUGUCUGUGAAUUUUGCUUUUACCAAGUUGAUGCCAAAUAAUUUCAAUAUUGAGCAUCUUAAAUCUGUUACUUGGAGUAUGGAUUGAGUUUGUUUGGAGCUAACUCAGAGGACUCAGGCAAGUAUUCAGGAGGUAGCAAGAGGAAUAUUGUAAUAGUUGAAUAACUCGGUUCACAUCCUGUAUUUAAAGGCAGAUCUCUUAAGGUUACACAUAUUGAUAUGUGAUAGUAAAUAUGAAAAUUUGGCCUUAGACUUAAUUCUGUACUCAACAAUGAAGAUUUUCUUCAAUCAAUUAUAUAUCCUUUUGGUUGUUAGAGAAUUACAUGUUGUUUUUAAGCCACUAAGUGUCAUUAUGGGUAUAUGCCCAGGUUAGCUCUAUUGGAUUAGCAAGAUUAUGCUUGCAUAAACUGUGAUCUCUGUUAAUGAUUUAUCAAUUUAGAAAUUGACAUUCUAAAUCAAUUUUUUUUUCCUUUUACAGGUGGAUAUUACUAUCCCUUAUUCUUCGAAAAAGUUUUAUUCUCAGUGUUGUUUCUCAUUGAGUAUUAACAAAAAGAAAAAUUAAUGUUCCAAACUUUUCAGAUAGAUUUGGUCCUAGCAUGUAUUUUGAUAGCACUACUACGUCCCCUCCAAAAGGUGAGAACUGACUCUUCCAUCUGUACCUGGAUCAUGUGGAGAAAGGACUGAGAAUGGAAGCAGAAAACAGAUAUUGUCCAUGUAGAGCAGACUGCCUGACAACAGCUCACUCUAAUAAAGGGCAAUAAAUGCCACACGAGAUGAUCCUCUCAUCACAAAACUUUACAUCUGACUUAUAUGCCUGGUCUGAUAACUUCUCUCUUUUUAUGACUCCUAAAUUGUGGAGAGAGCGCAAGCAUGAGCCUGGGAGGGGCAGAGAGAAAGGGAGAAAGAGAAUCCCAAGCAGGCUCUGGGCUGAUGUGGGGCUCAAACUCAACAAACCGUGAGAUCAUGACCUGGGCCGAAAUCAAGAAUUGGAUGCUUAAACCAACUGAGCCACCCAGGCGCCUGGAAGGCCUAAUAAUUGUUGAAGUGCAGUUCUGUGGCAAAGCUGGCGAUACCGAGGCACUGGCACUGAAGCCGGGCAUAAUCUGUAGCGGAGCAGGGUUUCUGGAGCACAGACACGCUGCCUGGGCCCCGCGGAUGCCCACCGCACGCCUCUCCACACCCCACUCCCGUUUGUUCCAGUGCCGCGCUGGUUUUCGCUGUGCAGCUGGGGCUGGAGCUCAAACUGAGCUCUCUGGAGCCCCCCACCCACGCAGGUCGCUGUCCUGCCAGGGCAAAUCCUCACCCUUGCAGCAGGCCCAAGGACCACCCCCCUUCCUAGAGAGUGACCGGGUGGGUACUUAUCUCGGACCUCGGGGGCCGCGGGCAGGCGCCUGUCCUCCAGCCGCGGGGACCUCGCGUUACCGGCUGGGCACGGCGGCAAAAUGGACUCGCAGCGCCAACAGGCCCGCCCCCUGCCCUCCUCUUCCAGCACCUCGAUCCGCCUCCCGGGCCUCGGCGUUGCCUUUGUUCAGUCUCCCGGGUCUCGCCUUUCCCCGGGGCGGGGGGUGGGGAGUGGGUGAGGUGAGGCGGGAGUCCUUCCGGUGUCGACAACCAGCAGCAAUAACUGCCACCGUCCGCGGUGCACCUAGGGGCGGGGAGGGUCCGGGACUGCUCGCUUCUCUCCCUUCCAGAGUGGCUGCGCGCGCCACGGAGCACCCUGCCAGAGCGGGCCGAGCCCGCGCGCGCUGGGAAGCAGACGGCGACAGCUAA